AUGCAGAAAAUUGUUUUCUUCGGUGGAACCGGCAUGACGGGGCAAUGUGCCGUACGGUAUGCGCUUAAAAAAGGUAAGCCGAGGCUAGUGCCAGAGUUCACGGCGAAUGAGCCACAAGCAAAAUUCGCCACGGACUACGACAAAUCGCCCGCCCAUUCGAGAUCGAUUUCAAAACUAGAUCUUGGCCAAUUCCUCGUAGAUUGCCUGUUCGACGAUGGACAUUCCCGGAAGGUUAUCGGCAUUUGUACGGUUAAGUAAAGUGCUGCGCUAUCACAAACCGUUCAACGCGUUUCUUUUUUGCUAAAUAAAGUGCUUCUUU